UUUCCCCUUCCGCGGCCCAGCUCUGCACCCCGGACACCAUGGCCAAAUCCUGCACCGCCAACAUCCGUGUCGCCAAAGAGACGCGCGUGAAGAUGGCUCUCUUUAGAGAAUCGCUUUUGAAAGAGGGUGAAGAAUUUCUUUGCACAUUUUUACCUGCAAAGAUAUUUCAGUUGGAUAAGUUUCUUAAGGAAAAUUCACUGAACCUUCAAGAUUUGACCACUCUGAAAGCUCCUUUGGAUAUCCCUAUUCCAGACCCCCCACCCAAAGAAGACGAGAUACUUUUUGGAGCGUGGCGAUGCGGUGGCCAAGGCCUCCAAAGAAACUCAUGUGAUGGAUUACCGGUGUUUGGUUCACGAACGUGACGAAGCCAUUUACCGAGAAAUGCAGAUCAUGGUGCUUGAUAUCCGUGGAUUUUAUGCUGAGCUGUACCACAUCCUAAGCAAAAACCUGGAGAAAGUGACCAAUCCCAAGGGCGAAGAGAAGCCGUCCAUGUACUGACAGGAAAAGAGCAUUUAAGGGCAAACAGGCAAGGGAUGAUUUGCGGGUGAUGUGGUAUCCUUGUGCAAAUAACACAAUUGGCCAGAAUCCAUGACCGCCUGUCUUUUUGGAGGGCGCUGGGCCAACAAAAAUACAGGGUUAGAAAGAGACCUGAGAUAUUUAGAACCCAGGAGGAGAGAGAUGGCUGGGAAAGAAGCCAAUAGUGUAACAAAAUAAAAUGUUUGAAUCAA